UUCCAAUCUCGGACGCACGCACGCACUGUCGCGUCGGUGUUUCGAUCAGGAAUGGCAGUUUGCUCGCCCCGGACGCAGGGGGGCUGAGUGUGACCAGGUUGCUUGCUAGCGAGAGAGAGGGGGGGAAAGGUUCCUGAGCGAUGGAGACCGCCGUGGGCGGCACUGGGGUGGAUGAUGGCGAUACGACGGUGAAUUAUGAUGGGGAUGGGGACGUGUCGACGGUGCUGCCAGACGAGCUAUGCACUGGUGCGUGUGAUGGGGGGCGAUCGGGCGCAGACAUCGCAGCAUGGAAUGAUAUAUAUACCCUUCGCACGGGCUUCGACGCGCCGGAUGGAACGUUCUCAAGCCUGCAUUGGGCCAUCGCAUCACCCGUCACACCACGUGCCGCCCCGUCCUAUCACAGGACCCGCUUCCGCUUCUGAGAGGCGCUAAACUGGCGCCGUUCCUGGCUUCUUCCAUUCAGGCAUUCCAACCCAUCCGCCGCCCAGAUAGACACUAGGCACGGUGCAGCAGCGUUGCCUGGUCCUCAAAAAUAGACUGAACAUUCCCAACGAUCCACCGACUUCAGAUUGGAAGAGCAGAACAUCACAGACACCGAACAACAGCACGCCUCGCAGCGAACACCCGUGAUCAUCAGAAAUUCGUUCGUUAUAUCGCGCUUUCAUAUCAUUUCGCCCCCAGCCCAGCCCGAGGCGCACGGCAGAGACAACCAAAAAUCGAGACAGAACAACCAGUCGAGGGAGGUCGGGUCGGGUCGGAGCAGGUCGAGGCCUAAGAC